AUGGCACCACCGGCCGAAGGUGGCCUCGUUUGCCUUCCCGUGGAGCUCAUUUCAAUAAUAUGCUCUUAUCUUCCCAACUCUAGCAUUAAAUCUCUUCGCUCGACCUGCACUAAGAUCAAAGAAACUGCUCAGUUACGGUUAACUCGUGUCUUUCUAUCAGCCAACCCUAUAAACAUCAGGGUCUUCCGGGCGGUCGCAGAUCACGACCAGUUUCGCAACCAAAUAACUGAGAUUUUAUACGAUGAUGCACACUUUCCACCCUUCCCGGAACCAGAUAUCUACGAGAUAGAAGAAAGUAUGCAGAUGGAUGACCCUGAAGUCGGAUUGGUUGAUAACGAAGAGGGUUGUCCUCAUUGGUUUGUCAAAGUUUGCAAGGAGAAUCUCAAAAAUAUGAAAUACCGAAAGAGCUUCGAUUUAGACCGUCCAGAUCAUAUUCUGCGCGCACAUCAAGCCAAUGCGCAGCCGCCUCUUCGCAUAUGCUGGCAAUAUUAUCAGAAUAUACACAUGCAACAGUCUGACACGAUGAAAUUGAAAAGGGACGAGGAAGCCUUCAUCUACGGUUUGAAGCAGUUUCCUUCUCUCACUCGGGUGACUAUCACAACAGCCACACAUGGCCAUCUUUAUGAGCCGCUAUAUGAAACACCUAGGAUCCGGGCAUUUCCUUACGGUUUCAACUAUCCCAUUCCACGAGGGUGGCCAGGGGGGAGAGGGGAGCUUUCCUGCAUUCCCGCAGAGCCGUGGGAGGAAAUGAAUGAAGCUGAAAAGGAGCAAUGGCACGGAUUCCGCAUGGUCACGCGAGUAUUAGCUCAAGAGGAGUCGCCUAGUCUUCUUGAACUAGUGAUCGAUACCAAUCGACUUACUGGUAUGGGGCUGAACUGCACAAUGUUCAACUCGCCUAGUGAUGAUUUCGGAUCUCCUUGCGAUGAGUACGCCAAUUUGGCGAAAGUUCUUACCAACCCUGGAAUCCGGCGCCUUGAACUCCCUUUGCUCAUAGGAGGGGAAGAAUACCGAAGAUGGGCAGCUUUCCGGAGCGGUUACCUCUAUCGGAUGCUAAGUAGUGCCACUGAACUGGAAUAUUUCGGUUUUUCCACAACAGAAGACAAUAAUGCCGGGGAAGAGUACACCAUGGAUAAUUUUAUUCCACUGCAAAGCAUUUUGCCCAUCACUAGCUGGCAUAAGCUGAGACAUUUCCAUUUAUCGACAUUGAUUGUGGCUCAAUACGACAUCAUGGAAGCGCUUAUCAUUUUAUCUGCAAAUCUUCAAACCAUUUCGUUAAAUUUCUUGCAAUUCUUGAAAGACCAAGGAGAUUAUCGCUCACUGCUCAGUGAGAUACGUGACAAAAUGAAAUGGGACCAGCGAGAUGUUGCUUCCAGACCAAAACUUUCUAUUUGCAUCCAUCGACACGGCACGGUGUCCCUGGGAAGAUCAGUUUUUGGAUUGAUAAUGAGAUAA